AUGGCAAGCAUCAUAAGCACAGACGAGAAGGAGCGUAUUGCACAAAAGUUUUAUAAUCUCAUUGCCCAAAUAGGCUUGCAACAUUGCCAUGAUAUCAAUGAGGCUAUUGCUCAGGUUGAAAAGAAAAUUACUCACCAUAACAAAGAUAUAAUGAAAGAGAACACGUCGGUAAAGGAAAGCUUAGUGGAAUCUGCCGCAAAUUCUACUUUCUUUGACGCUACUGCCGUCGAUCAAUCUGGAUUAAACAGCGAGGAUGCUUUAAGAGGCAAUAAGUUAACCAUAUCAAACAAUUCAAAUAACUGUAGCUACGAUUACGAAAAAUCUAAUCCUGUUGUAGAAGACGAAAAUACUAGAAAGUUAGAAAAUGGUAAUGAUAUUAGAAGCCUAGGUAAUACCAGCAACCAAGAGAGUUCGCUACGUAGCAUACCUUUUGAGAAUAAUAAAGAAAACUCAUUUAACGAACGACUAAAUAUCCAUACUAAAGAUUAUCAAUAUCCUGAAGAAGCCGAUGAUGAACAAGACUUAGAUGAUUGUGCCUCAGUAUAUGAGAUUUCUAGCACUGAAAGUAAUAAAACUGCUUAUGAUCAAGACAAAGCUUCUAUGCUAAAAGAUGAAAGUAGUAAUUCUGGUGAUGAUGUAAGCAGGAAUAGGAAUCAUACAACGGAUAAAUCCAAUUUGAAUAGUGGAGAAGAUAGAUCUUUUAUUGAUGAAUCAAGGCCUUCUGUUUUACGUAAGCACAGGAACCCGACGAUGGGAAAAUCGCUAAGCGAUAAAAGUUCAGAUAGCCUAAAUGAUUUUAUUGUUAGCGAUAACACUGACGGAUCACUUGACAGCGAUGAAAGACAAUCAUUUGUGCAAUCUUGUAAUGACGACUUACGAAAGGAAAGUAAUUUUGUGGUAGAUGAUUGCAACAGCAAGAAUGAUUCUAGCACUGUAUCAGAUGCCAAGCAGGUUGAUGAUCACUUAUCAUCAACACCAGUGGUGCGUUUCACUCCUUCAAAUAAACCUUGGAAUUCUACUUCUAAAAAAGCAGGUCAACUUGUAGUAGAGCGAAAAAAUUUGAAUUCGAACCAAGAACAAGAUUUGUACAACUUUGAUCCCCUUAGUGCAGUUUUAAGUAGUAUCGAUACACCAGCAAAAAGAAACACCCCAUGGUCUGUCCGAAAAUUGAAAAGUAAUCGAGAUAUACUUGUACAAGGGCUAUUUGAAGAAUAUAAUCGACGCGUCUUCGAUAGCAAGCUACCUAGUGAUUUUCAAAUUACGUGGAAUAAAAAAAUGACAAAAACUGCCGGAUUUUGUAUUUAUACGCGUCGAGAAAAUGCAAGAAUCGCAAGGAUAGAGUUAUCGGAGAAAGUUUGCGAUUCCACUGAGCGAAUUCGUGAUACUCUAAUUCAUGAAUUAUGCCAUGCUGCGACUUGGGUAGUAAACGGUUGCAAAGACGGGCAUGGAAAAAUCUGGAAAAUCGAUCGACAUUCAAAGUCUAUAAACGUAACCAGCCAUGCCUGCCCAUAUUGCCUUAGCCAUUUAGAAAUGGUUCGAAACGUCGGUUCAAAUAAGUCGAAAUCUGGUAAACCGAAUAAUUUCGCAUUGUUUGUGAAAGAAAACUUUGCAGCUGUGAGAUCCAAACAUCCCAAUUCUAGUCAUGGUGAUAUUAUGAAAAUGUUAAGCUCAUUAUACUCUCAAAGCAAGUAA